AUGUAUCGAGGCGAGCCGGCGAUCGAACGUGCCGGCAGCGGCGGCCGAGCGAGAUCGCCGCGUCGACGUCGAGCGACAACGGCGGCCGCCGACGGCGAGGAAGAGCCCUACGGGGAUGAGGAGGGGGAGGAGGAGGAGGAGGAUGAGGAGGAAGAGGCCUACAUCGUUCUCGAUCUGCAACCCCGCCGACCGUCCGACUCCACGAGGGUCUGUUCCCGCGAUGACGAUUCCUGCCGCUGUCGCGCCGUACAGAAGAGGCCCGGCAGAAGACGAUCGGGAAACGCGCUCAGGAUACUCUUCGUCGUUGCCGCAGCUGCCUUCCUCGCGCUCGCCGUCUCACCAGUGUCUGGAACGACGAAUAAGAAAGAGGAAGAGACGGCGGUAUCUUCGGCCACAGAAGAAACUACAGUGAGUCUGAGCACGAAACUCAGAACAGGAAACGAUCCUGAAAAUAUAGACUUAUUGGCAGCGCUGCAGCUGCACAAUACUACUCGGCAGGGUGUUUCAAAGGUGCCGGGUCUGGUUAGGCUGAAACCAGCUUAUUACCUUCAGGGCGAGGAGAGGGAGCUCCGACUGAACGAGGCGAGCUUCGAACGGGCGGCCGAGUUACUCCGGCGGGUUCCGGAAUUCACUAUAGCCGCCGCGCUGCGCCAAGAUGAGGCCAAUUCCGGGACGAUCGUCGCCUUUUCGCACGGGAACAAUAGGUAUUUGGAGCUGCAGAGCAGCGGUCGCAAGGACGAGCUUCGACUUCAUUACGUAUCACGCUGCGACGGAACCGUACACGUCGAGGCGUUUCCUUUUCGACUAGCCGAUGGCGCCUGGCACAGGGUCGCCCUGAGCAUAAGCGGCUCGCAGGUCGAGCUGCUGGUCGACUGUCAUCCCUUAUACAGACGACUGCUGAGACCUGGUCCACCCGACACAAAUUUUACCCUGCCGCAGCUCCAGCUCUGGGUCGGACAAAGAAAUGUCAGGCACUUUCUCUUCAAGGGUGCCUUGCAGGAUGUCAAGCUAAUAGCAGGAGCUCAUGGUUACCUUUACCAGUGUCCUCAGCUCGACUCAUCUUGCCCCACAUGCGGUCAAUUUUCAAUAUUACAGACUACCGUGGAACAACUAAUGUUUAAUAUCAAGGAGUUGACCCAUAGACUAGCCGCUGCAGAGGGCAGGAUAAGCAAAGUGGAGGAGUGCGAGUGCCAAAAGUCCUGUAGGGCGAACGGUACCGUCCACGAGGACGGCGCAACCUGGGAGAAAGGUUGCCAGCAAUGUUCCUGCAUCCACGGCAGUAUUGAGUGUAGACCGCUGUUCUGCGCUCCGGCCAACUGUAAGCAUCCUGUCAUUCCUAAAGGAGAGUGUUGCCCGACGUGUCUCAAACAAUGCCUCAUGUUUGACGUAAUAUACGAUCAUGGCGAGAAGGUCUCGCCGAAACAGUGCAUGGAGUGCAACUGCUUCGACGGUAGCUUCAGCUGCGACAAGUUGAAGACUGAAGUCGUUUGCCCACCACUGCCGUGCCCACCUAGCGAGCAAAUCAGCGUGGCGGAGGAAUGCUGCAAAUUUUGUCCAGGGGUGGAUUACUGCGCGAAGGGCCACAAGUGUCACGCUAACGCGUCCUGCCUGAAUCUCCAGACGACUUACGCCUGCCAGUGCGAUAUCGGUUUCCAAGGGGAUGGUUAUAAAUGUCACGAUGUGGACGAGUGCCAGCAGCAAGGUGGAUCAAACGGCCAUCACUGUCACGACAACACGAAAUGCGUCAACACAAUCGGCUCUUAUACGUGCGAGUGUCUUCCGGGUUACCGUAGAGUCGACAAGUUCAAUUGCGCCGAGCUGGACGAGUGUACGACCGGUCAUCAUCAGUGUAAUGAGCACGCCACAUGCGUGAACACUGCCGGCAGCUACUACUGCAUCUGCAAGGAUGGUUAUACCGGGGACGGUUAUACGUGUAAACCCGUGUGCAAUCAGACCUGUCAGAAUGGCGGCGAGUGCGUGGCACCCGGGAGAUGCUCCUGUCGACGCGGCUACAUCGGCAACAGCUGUGAGCUCGACUUGGACGAGUGCGCCAGCGAUCUUCAUCGGUGUCAUCAAUCGUCCACGUGCUUCAAUAUGCCCGGUUGGUACUAUUGCCGUUGCAAACCGGGCUACAGGAGCGCCCUGCACGACAGCACCCAGGGCACGCAGUGCCUCGACAUCGACGAAUGCAACGACCUGACGAUAGAGAGGAGGCACACGUGUCAUCCCACCGCGAAAUGCGUCAACACCGAGGGCGGCUAUGAGUGCGUAUGCCCGGCGAAGAGCCUGGAAGAGUCUGGAGAGGAGUGCAGACUCAGUUGUUGGUUCAAAAAUCAAGAAGUCAGCAAUGGCGAGAGCUGGACGCAGGAGGAAAAUUCUUGCAGGACAUGCACGUGUCAAGAUGGCGUGGUCACUUGCAAGGACCUCAUAUGUGAUUGCAGCGCACCGGGAAGUCAUAGGAACAAGUGUUGUCCUCAGUGUAAUCCUGCGGCGUCCUGCAGGCAUCAAGAGCUUCAUCACCUAGUCUUCAGAAGCGGAGAACGUUGGAUAUACCAGUGUCAGACUUGCGAGUGCCUGUACGGCGAAAUAGACUGCUGGCAAAUGGAGUGUCCACCGGUAACCUGCUCGAAUCCCGUGACCGAGGAGGGCGAUUGUUGCCCGCGCUGCGAGGACGAUCCCUGUGCGCGAGAGGUGUCGGCGAACAGCACCUCGCUCACGGUUCCUAGUCAUCCCCGACCGUGCAGUUACGCUGGCAUCGUCUACGACAGCGGUAGCUCUUGGCAGGACCCCCACGACAAGUGCACCACGUGCGAGUGCAAGGACGGGCAGCUUUGCUGCAGCUAUGAUUACGGCUGCGCUGGCGCUGGUGACGACAAGCAACAACGGCCUCCAGUCGCUGCUCCUGAGCCUUUCGUACGUCAUCCAUCGGACUCUGCGUUCCAGUCGUUGGUCUACGGUGCACCGAAAGCAGCUCUACCAACGGUCACCGGCACAUCCGGCACUACACGCACCAUCAUUACCGCCGUCACCACUUCCGUCGCGAGCACCACCUCUCCCGUGUCGUCGCCCUCGCACUACUCGUCAUCCUCCUACACCAUCAGUAACGAGAAACCUCACAGUCUCAGACGGGAUCAGGCAACAGGUUUGGCCGUGUCGCGAGCUGAACAAAGAGACGCCUAUGCUAUUAGAUUGCAAGAAGCGUCGUCAACCGCGAGAUACCAACAGUAUGUCAGAGGCUCGACGACGUCGUCGACGGCGUCAGAAUGGUCCACGGCAUCGUCGACGACGACGGCGAGGACGCCGUCGCGACGCAGCCAGUCGACGAACACCAUCGAUCACCAUGGCAUCACCACCGUUUCUUCCUCUUCAUCAUCGUCGUCGCCGACUCUCGCGGUGGUCCUGGCUACCUCAACGAUCGAGGAGACCGACCGACCGUCCACGAGCAUCGCCGCGCAAAUUCGCCAGCUGGUCGGUCGUCAGAAAGACAACAAAAAGCCCAUUGUUCUCGACAGCGCCACUUGAGGGCCGUGGAUCUAGAGGAAGAUAGGAAAGGAAACGAAUCUGACACAAGGCAUUCUGGAAGGGAAAUCUCCGGGGAAUCUCCCAUAGUCGUUCGAUGCGCGUCGAUCCGUUUAUUUGCACACGCCGGGAGAAAAGAGAAAGAUGAAAGCUCACGAAGAAAAGAAGAUCAUCGAUGAUGACAAACUCGACGCUUGCGGAGAACCGGCCAUUGCGAGGGAGAUUUGUUCUGGGGCCGUGUCUGAUAAUUUCGAGGAGAGACGAUCGGCGUCUCUCGUUGACACAGCUAGAUCGACGAUCGGAUUGCUGACCUAGGAUUGCGCUAGGCUUCAGCUUUUAAUCCUAAGAUCGAGAUACUGUAUCGUUCGCGAUCGCGAGUAGGCAAAGUCGUGUCAAGAUCCAUCCGGAACAACUGCGAGCCAGCUCGGAUAUAACGAGCGCGUACAGAACGUUCGCUUUUCCGCUUCAAUCCCUCGCUCGAGAGAAUUGCGGUGACCUUCGCCUCGGUCGCCGACAUCAGCUGAGCGUCGAGACGCGGCGCUAAUGACCCUUCGAGAGAUAAUCGAUGCGAAGAUCGAGUCUUCGAUAUCAAAUAUUAUUUAUUUUAUUCUUCAUUUAUAAUUUUUAUAACGAAAGCGAUAUAUUAUUCGAUCAUUUAACCUGUGCAUUUUAUCAUUUAAAAAUCGAAAUGCAAAAACUCGGACAGAUCUGUAAUGUUAAAUCUUUGAUCUGUAAUCUUUGAUGCCUUGAUUAUUUUCUUAUCGUGUCAAUCAAGAUAUCGAGUUCUUGUUUACUACCUUUAAGAAUUUGUUUGUUAACUGUACCUUUCAGAAUUACAGGUGACGCAAAAAAAAUUGUCUCACGGUAUUGCGAAUAAAUUAGAAUUAGUAAAGUAUUUACAUAAGAAUAUGAAAAAGACGGUUAGAAAGACGUAAAGACGAUUUUUUCGCGAAUAAUGUGUCACACAAUAUACAAUUAAAAGCAGACACUUCAAGAA